AUGGAGGAUAUCUUUGAAUCCUCGCUGCAUUUGGAAGAAACACACUUUGAGGAAGGGUAUUCUGAUGGCUACAAACACGGUCUAGUCAUUGGCAAAGAGGAGGCCCAACAAGUGGGCUUGAGAGUGGGCUUCGAGGCUGGGGAGGAGCUUGGCUUCUACCGCGGUUGUAUCAACGUCUGGAACUUUGCCAUCCGGGUCGAUCAGACUCGAUUCUCGGAUCGAAUCCAAAAGAUGAUCAAGCAGAUGGAGGAGUUGGUUGAAAAAUACCCAGUUUUUGACCCAGAGAGUGAGAGUGUUCAAGAACUCAUGGAGGCUUUGAGGCUCAAGUUUAGGGCCGUUUCCGCAACGCUGGGCAUGAAAUUGGAGUAUAAUGGAUACCCCAAAAUGGGGCAAGAUCCUAAGGAGAUGGGGUUUUAA